CGCCCCGGCAGAGCCCUACCGGGGUCCAGGGCGGGCCCGGCGCGGCCGCACGAAGCCAAUGGCCGGGCGGCGGCGGGAGGGAGCGAGCGAGGAGCCGGGAACGCCGCGGGGUCGCUGCCUGCGGAGGCGGAGCCUGCGAGGGCUUAUAGGGCCGGGCCGGGCGCUCCCCGCCAUGUGACCGCGGGGCGCCCAGCUGGGGCUAGUUAAGUGGCGGCGGCGGGGACCGCCAGCUGCUCGGCUGUCGCUCCCCGGAGCUUUGGCCUCCGCUUUUUUUCAAUUUUUAUACAUUUUUUUUUCUCCCGUCCCUCCCGUGCGCUUGGCACUUUUCAAAGAGCAGCGCCCCGCUCCAGCGCGGUGCGGGACGCGCGGCCCCGGGGGCGCUGCGGGGGCGAUGCCGCCCGCCCGGCGGGGCUCCCCCCGGCCCGACCGCGCUCCCGCCGCCGCCACCGCCUGACCGGCCCGGGGAGAGGGCGCUGGAUGCAGGAACGACCCGAAAGCACCGCUUGCCAUGAGCGCUGGUAGCGCCCGGCUCGGGCAGCGCCCGCGGCCCGGCACAGGGUAGUCGGGCAGGCAGGCGGGCGGGGGCGGCUCCGGGCGCACCGCGACCAUGGUGAAGGAGGAGUGCAAGGCGCUGCUGGACGCGCUCAACAAGGUGACCGCCUGCUACCGGCACAUGGUGCUGACCAUCGGCGGCACCUCGGACUCCCAGAACCUGCGGGAGGAGCUCAAGAAAACCCGGCAGAAAGCCCAGGAGCUGGCGGUGGCCAAUAGGAACAAGCUGACCACGGUCCUGAAGGACAAAACCGUGAGUAAGGAAGAUAAAGCCGAGUUCGAGAGGCUAUGGGUGAUUUUCUCCACGUGCCUAGAGAUCCUGGAGAUCGACAUGAGGAGAGCCCUGGAGCUGGGCCACGAGUUCCCGCUAAACGUCCCCAAAAAGCACCUCAUCCAGACGGGAAUGAGCGGGGGAACCUCUGGCGUGGCCGCCAGAGCCAUGAGCGUCCAGAACAUGAAAUACGAGGCCGAGCGCAACAUAGACGUGAUGGAUUUGAAAGACCUCGAGAACGAAAUCAACCAGGUAGGAGAGAUGAUGUACGAGAUGGAAAUGAAGGUCAAUGUCCCCCAGUGGACAGUGGAGGCUAAGCAAGACCCGGGGGCUGAACUAAAAUCCACCAUCAGCGUGGGCGCUUCUUCUAUUGGCAUGAUCUCUGUGGAGGAAAAUAAAUCCUUCUGCGAUAUCAGCAAGGUUCUAGCUGGGAUUGUGUUCUCUGCUGUGCUCAUUAUCGCCAUUGUCCUGGCAGUGUGUGUGGUUAAACUGUCUUAGGGCGGUGCGAGCUCUGACAUGAGCGACCCCCUCCAGGUCUGCUUGGAGUGUUUCAUGCCUCACCUUUAAUUUCAAAAUGUGUCACUUGGAUGAGGUGAGAAUUUAAACGGAGCACUUGAAAGAACAAGGCAGAACUUUUCACCUCUCAGUAUCCUAAAAUGCACGAUUUGCUUCUUCAUGCUUUUUGAAGAAAAGGGAUGCAAAUCAGGCUGCAGAGUAGGAUGUCUUCAUUUGCUGGACUUGUAACAGUUAACUGAAGUAUCAGGGUAUUAUCACUACUGGCUGUAACAGGGAUUUGUCUGCUAUUAAUAGAUCACUAUUCUCAGAAGCCUGUAUUUUUUGUUGUUUCACUAGGCUCUGGUGUUUGCUGCUGGUCACUGUUUACAGUAUUGGAGAGUAACACAAACUUGGAGGUUAACACGGGUGUUUUGUCUGACCAAGUGGAUAGAAUACUUUUUUCUUCCCCCAUCAAAUACACAAAAUAUUGUUUCAGUAGAAGAAAGGGGUAAGGAUGAAAACCCCAAUAAAAGAAUGUGACCAACCUCUGUUCUUGAUAAGUUGGGGAGAGGGGAGAAAACAGAACAAGCAAUGUUUGUUGAUUUAGACUGGAUUGUACAGAACCCAGUUGCAUGAAUUGGCACAGCCCAUGUGAAUGACUAAUCGCUUUCCAAAUCCAGAGAGAAAAACGGGAGAGCUGCGUGUUCAGAGAAAUACUAGCAAGCCUUGUGGUUCUCAUUCACAUUUACCACAAUUUUAUCUUUCCCUGCAGAAAGGCCAAUUCUUGCCACUGGUUCGAAUUUUUCUUUCUGUGGCAGCAGUUUGCACUUUACAAUUAAUUAACUAUGAAAACAGGAGAAAUGAAUGUACCCACAGCAGACACAGUAACAUUUAAAAAUAGAUUUUAGCAAACAAAAAUCAGAUUCACUUAAAGCAGACCUUUCCAACAGGAUCCCCUCUCCUGUUGCGAGGCAGGGACUGAUGCUGUAUGGGUACUGUCACAUUUCUGCAAGCUCCCAGAUUCUUUGCAGAAUGUGUUUCUUUGCUAAAAAUGUGUCUCACUUUCAUAUCUCAUUCACGUCUGAUUAAUCAUCUGGGAAAAAGGAACCCUCUAGGAUCCAUUUGAUACACUGCAAUUUUGGGAAGUAAAUGCAACAGCAUAAAACUUCCCAGCGCUUCCCUAUAAAAUUGUAAACGUUUAAAUGUAAAGUUGGGGGGACAGACACUAACUUUGUAGAGAAGCUUCAUAAUGUUUUGUAGAAGGACUAUGUGUUAUGGUUAUUUAUUAGAUAACUUAUGGAAGUAUCUUCUAUUACUGUGAACACACACUAUCCGUUCAGGAAUGCUUGGUACAUGCACUACAGUGCCAUAGGUGUAUGAGGCACUCCACAGCCAAAUAUAAAGAUCCCGUAAUACUGGGGGUUUAAUAAGUCAUUCUUCGUUGUUUAUUAUGGACAUAUUAUCAAAAUAAUAAUCAGACAUGCUUUGUGAAGUUACUAGACAACAGUCUUCAUGCUUGUUAAAUAAAACUGACAACACUCAUAUAAACACCUAAUAUUUUUGAGUUAAGAACGAAACAUACUUUGAAAAACUGCAGCAAACAGUUUAUUCUUUAAAACUUAGGAGAACUGGAUUUGGGAGAAAAAAGUGUAUUUGAAUCUGGUCACUUGUAGGUGAGAAAAAAAUAGUAAGCAGAGGCCUGAAUUAAAAGCUAUAAACUAUCCUUACGUUGAAGGGUAAUGUGAAUUCUGCACACUUAUCCAUUCUAACUCCAUUCUCUUGGGAAUUCACAGUGUUACAAGACAACUCCACAUUCCUUUCUGUCGUGUUUCACUCAUUCCAUAGGAUAUGUUUUGUAUGUAGUUAAUCUAUGUUCAUAAAGAUCCCUGACAGCUUUCUAACAAAGUCAAGUCUGUAUUGGUGCUACAGCUCCAGCCUGCCUAGACAAGGUGUAAUUCCUGUGUGUUCAUUUAAAUGAGAUGAUCUCCUUCACAAUCACAGUGAGUAAACAUAUUUAAGGAAAAUGCAGCAAAAGCUGCAGGAGAAUGUACAGAUUUGGAUUGCCACCACUAGUCACUAAGGAUCUGGGGUGUUUUCACUCUUUUACUUAGUUCACAGGAAGGUGGAUAAGCAGUUGCACUCUAUUCUGUGCUGCUUCAAAACUCCAUGUACCUUGUGAAAUCAGAUCCUUUAACCACAUGUUUUCAAAGCCCAAGUAAUGCAAGUGUGGUUUCUGGUGGAUAAAUAAAUGGUAACACUGACAGCAUUCAUUAUCUUGUAUCUCGGUAUCUCCUACACACUUAACCAUAGAUAAACAGUUUAUCCAUGGUUAGUUGUGCAGAAGAAUUUUUAAGAAUAGGCAAUGUCAUCUUCUAAAGCAAGCCUCAGUGAGUUGAUAAAUUGGAAGUUUUCAGUCCAUUGCAUUUUUUCAAUUUCAACUUUUUGCUACAGGACUCGAAUUCAUAUAAGUGGCCUAUAAAUAUAUAUCUUGCUUUAUUAUGAAUAGGCACACAAUUAGAACUUAAAGGACAGGCCUUGGAAAAUGACUUUUCAAAUCAUAAGAUAAAACACAGAUGCAGAUUUCUUCAUCAUUAGCGUGUUCCUAAAAAUCUCUAUCAUAUUUAGGCUAUCUGAAUAGAAUUCUAAGAGAAAAUUGGCACUGCUGACAUCGAUAAUGUUCCUGCCACUCAUCUCCUACACUUGAUACAAAUGUUCGUUCCAUGUGACAGAGUUCUGGCACAACAGUGCACAAACCCAAAACAAAUGAAACCACCAUUGCCCAAAAGUACUGAGGCUUCUUUUAAAUUCAGAAAUAGAGAUGUAGAUUUGCAGUCUUAAUUUUUUCCUCCUACCGGAAUGCAACAGAAAGGAGACUGAAAAUGCUAUUUUGUAUGUGAAAAAUGGGAAUUGAUACUUCAAAAUACUCUAUAUUUAAACAGCAUGAUGAAAAAGCACAUACUCUCAUGCUGAUCAGUGAGAAUGUAAUUGUAGUACAAAAGAAGAUGGUUAGUCCUUAACUUCAGUGUUGAUCUACACACAUUAAAGUUGCUGUAUACUGAAAUCUUAUUCCUGACUUGAAUUCUACUGGUUUUGCCUGUGCAUGGGUGGUAUUUUCUACACUUUGAAUAAUGCAAACCUGUUACUGUCACUAUUUAUUUAAAAAUAAAGUACCUCCUUAUAACUUA